AUGGAAGGCAAGCUCAUCGGUAAAAGUACGAUCAUCGAAAUUCCAGAGAAUCCAUUGAGAACUAUAACAGUCGAAGAAUUGUACGAUGACGGCAAAUUUGAUUUUUCUAAGAUGGAAGAGAAAGAUUUGUUUCUUCUACUAGAGUCAUCGCGAGAUGGUUUAACAGAUGAUCAAGUUAACGAACGACUCGAAAAGUUUGGACCAAACAAAAUAGAAGAAAAGAAAAGAAAUCCGAUAUUAAAAUUUCUCUCAUUCAUGUGGAAUCCAUUGUCUUGGGUAAUGGAAAUAGCAGCCAUUGUUGCCAUUGCUCUAACAAAUGGUGGAGGAGAACCACCGAAUUGGCAAGAUUUUAUUGGCAUCGUUCUACUUCUAAUCGUAAAUUCCGCAAUUAGCUUCAUCGAAGAACGAAAUGCUGGAAAUGCUGUUCAAGCAUUGCAAGAAUCCAUAGCACCAGAAGCGAAAGCGAAACGUGAUGGCGAAUGGAAAGUUAUUGAAGCAUCGAUGCUUGUUCCCGGAGAUAUAAUAAGCCUUAAAUUAGGUGAUGUUGUACCUGCUGAUGCACGAGUUAUCGCUGUACAUGGACAACUUCUGAUGAAUCAAGCAGCAUUGACGGGUGAAUCACUUCCGGUUAAGAAAGAGAUUGGUGAUGAGCUGCUGUCUGGCGCUAUUUGUAAACAGGGAGAAGCUGAGGCUAUUGUGAUGGGUACUGGAAAAUAUUCCUUUAUGGGAAAAACCAUUGGCUUGGUUGGGAAACACGAUGACACCGCACAUUUGCAAAUAGUUAUGGGUCGUAUUGGGAUGUUUUGCAUAUGUUGUAUCGUAAUAUUCUUGAUUGCUCAGAUUGUAGUUAUGUAUGGUGUGUUUCGCUAUGAAUAUCGACGCGGAAUGAACAAUUUGAUUGUUACUUUAAUUGGUGGUAUUCCAACAGCAAUGCCCACAGUACUGUCUGUGACGUUAGCGCUCGGUGCUAGACAACUAUCCAAACAAAAGGCAAUUGUAACACAUGUGUCAGCAAUAGAAGAACUCGCUGCUGUCACCAUCUUAUGUUCGGACAAAACGGGAACAUUGACACUGAAUAAACUUGUCAUCGAUAGACAAACUUUGAAACAAUACUCGGAUGUGGGAUUGGAUGACAUUAUUCGAUAUGCAGCUAUUGCAUCACGAACUCAUCAUCAAGAUGCAAUUGACGCUUGUAUAACGGAAGCAGCUGGUGAUAUUCAAAGCAUACGUAAAGGCAUUGAAGAAUUACAUUUUAAGCCAUUCAAUCCUACGGAUAAACGUACGGAGAUCACGUACAGAACUAUCAACGAUGGCAAGGUGCAUCGCAUUUCGAAAGGAAUGUCACGUGUCAUAUUAGAACUGUGUACGCGCGAUAAAACGGACGAAUUGAUAGAACAAUUGCAGAAGGAUGUAGAUGAAUUUGCCAGUCGAGGUCUCCGAUCAUUAGCUGUUGCUAUUGAAGAUGUUACAAGUGGAGAGGUUGGUGGAAAAGGAAACGGUUUUAAGUUAAUCGGCCUCUUACCGAUCUACGAUCCACCACGCGAAGACACAAAGGAAACGAUUGAUCGUGCAAUUGAACUAGGUAUCAAAGUUAAAAUGGUAACUGGCGAUCAGCUAGCUAUUGCCAAGGAAACUGGCCGACGUCUUGGAAUUGGUGACAAUAUGUUUCUGUCGAAAGUUCUCAAAGAUGGGCCACCGGAAGGUUCAGCUUAUCUAGAUAUUGAUGAUUUAGUUUUGCAUGCUGACGGCUUUUCUGGUGUUUAUCCUGAACACAAAUACGAGAUUGUCGAACGACUACAAAAUAUGGGUCAUAUGAUUGCUAUGACCGGUGAUGGUGUAAAUGAUGCACCUGCACUGAAAAAAGCCAAUGUCGGAAUCGCUGUUGCCGAUGCAUCCGAUGCAGCACGUUCAGCAGCUGAUAUCGUUUUAACAGAACCUGGCUUAUCAAUUGUGAUUGACGCUGUUCUCGGUGCGCGCAAGAUCUUUCAAUCCAUGAGAAACUAUUCUGUAUAUACAUGUUCCAUGACUAUUCGUUUAUUAGUUGGUUAUUCAAUACUUCUUUUUGCUUUUCAAUAUGAUUUUCCAUCAUUUAUGUUACUCAUCCUGACCCUUCUCAAUAACGGCACAAUGAUGACGAUUUCAAAAGAUCGUGUCGAGCCAUCUCCAUAUCCAACAAAGUGGCUACUAUCAGACGUUUUCAUCCACGCAAUUGUAUACGGAAUAUACUCAGCACUCUCCACAGUGGCACUCUUCCUCAUCAUUAUUAAAACGAGUUUUUUUCAAGAAAGAUUCGAUGUAAAUGAAAUACACUAUCGUCCAUUGGAUAGUCCCACUGCUCCUGGCUGGAAUGAUCCAGUAUUAAAUUCAAUUAUCUAUUUGCAAGCUUCAAUAAUGAGUCAUGGACUGAUAUUCAUCACCCGCUCUCGAACAUUUUUCUUUCUUGAUCGACCAUCGUUUAUGUUAGUUAUUUCUUUUGUAUUAGCACAACUUAUCGCGACGCUGAUUGCUGUCUAUGCCAAUUGGGGAUUUGCUAAUGUGGCCGCUUGUGGUUGGACAUGGGCUGGAAUUGUCUGGAUAUGGAAUCUCAUUUGGUUCUUUCCGUUCGAUUUAAUAAAAUUUGCUCUGGCGGCAUACUUUGAGCCGAAGAAAAAAUUAGCUAUCGAAGAAACUUUACAGAUCGAACCGUCGACUCCAGAACAACGUUCACGUCGUGAAAUUAUGACAUCUGCGCAGAAGGGAUCCACCCCCUCAAUUGAACGCCGUCUGUCUACAAUGAGUGAAAAAGGAAACAGUUCAUUUGAAGAAACAAUCGUCAGAGCAGCAGGAAGAUAUUUUGCUCCGCAUACACGUGAUCUAACCGUGUCACCAUAUCACCAUCAUCAUCAUCUCGCUCGAAUGCUUGCUGGUAACAAUGAUAACCUCUACCGAAUCUCCGCCGAUUCUGAAAAUCUUCGAAAAUUUUCAUUAGUACAAGCUCAUCAUGCUGCCAGGAUACUCAAAGCGCAAGAAGAAAGAUUAGAAAGUGAAACAACUCCCGUGUAA